AAUUAUAAAUCAUACAAGUACAUUUGAUCUCAAGUCUUGCCAACAUGGAUGAUAAAUCAGACACAGGUGACUCUACACAAAAGACUAACAAGUUACCGACACAUGUAUACCAGUUUAAGAAAAACAGAUGCAGUAAAGACAUGUUUGUUUCGCUGCGAUGGGCAGCACUUCUCUGCACCGGAACUUUGGUGUAUGGGUCAUAUUCUACUUUUGUCAAUCUGUGUGAAGUGGAUGGCAAGAUUCCCUUUAAUUCAUCCUCUGUUGUACUGAUGAUGGAGAUUGGGAAGUUUUUGGUGUCUGCCAUCCUCCUACAUGCCAGUGGAUAUGAGUUACAUCCACCAUCGUUGUCCCUGUGUCUCCCCUUUGCACUACCAGCAGUCCUUUAUUUUAUCAACAACAAUCUGGCUGUACACAUGCAGCUUCAGAUGGACCCUGCUUCUUACCAGGUAUUAAGUAAUUUGAAGAUAGUAUCAACGGCUAUAUUAUACAGACUUAUUAUCAAAAGAAAUUUAUCCCUAAACCAGUGGCUCUCUGUUGGAAUUCUUACAUUUGCUGGCUUUUGUAAUAGCUAUGGUGGACUACAAGAAAAAGGAGAGAUGAAAACUGCUGGAGAAAUCCAUGUGACUAUUCUAGGUCUAGUUAUGAUGGUGAUCUACUGUACGUUGUCUGGUCUGGCAGGUGUCGCCACAGAAUACAUCUUGAAAAAGAACGUUGUGAUGUCUUUACAUUAUCAGAAUAUUCUGCUGUAUAUGUUUGGAAUUGUCAUCAACUUCUGUAGCUGGUUUUUACAGGAAAUGGAUCACCCAAAAACAGAAAGCCAGUUUCAUCCAUUCAGAGGUUAUAGUGUGUUUACCUGGAUGAUUGUCGUAACACAGGCCACCAACGGUCUCAUCAUGUCUGUGAUAAUGAAGCAUGCCAGUAAUAUAACACGUCUGUUCGUCGUGUCAUGUGCCAUGCUUGUCGCCACAGGACUCUCAGUAUCUGUUUUUAACACAAGGAUUAAUUCAUUUUUCGUGUUGUCUUUAAUUCUCGUACUUGUUGCUCUCUGUUUGUACCAUAUUGAUAGGAAAUGAUGUCAGCUUGUCAUCCUUGUUCAAUAGCUGAAAAUGUCUUCCUGGAUGUUUGUCAUGUUUGAAAGUGAGGUCUUAUUUUGAAUAUGGGAUUUAUGAAACAAAUCUAAGACUUUUUGCUGAGUCUGUGAAUUAAGUUUAUAUAAUGAGCUUCUGCUCUUAAGCCACAACUGCAAUCGUGAAAACAAGGGUUCUAUGGUCCUCAAUACUCAAUUCACAGAUGAAAACAAUGAAUCAAGAAUGAAAACAUUUUAAGACAUGGUACUUUCAAAUUUUGAAUAUUCCACCAAACAUUGCACAAUCUCUCAAUGAGAUUUCGGGUGGUCGAGAAAUACCUGCACAUCAGAAACAAAUAAUAUUUUCAUUCUGCAGCCACUUGACUUACCUUUCAGCAAUGACAGAUCAGUUUCUUAGAAAUUGAAAAUCUGUUUUGGCCCCAAUUUAUUAACUCUUUAAGUAGUUUUUCAAGUAUAAGGACAGUUUCUGCAUUCUUUAUUAAAGUGUCAUUAAAAUAGGACAAACAAUUUCAUAAAAGAUUCCAAAAAUGUUUGUUUAUACAUAUUACUGUGACUUAUUGCAAUUAAAUAUGGAAAAUGUUUAUCUUGCAUCAAAGUAUCAGCAGCAACACAUAGCAGUGAAUCAGUUUUUGAGCCGUUAUAGAUAUGAGCUUUUUAUAUAACCUAAUGUUUUUAUCCUUUUUAGUUUUUAUCGAGCCAGGUGAGCUUUAAGGAUACCAUGGCGCUCAGCAUCUGUAAACUUAUAUUUUGCUACUAGUUUAAUAAUAUUUGGUCAGAGGCAUCCUAGGGGAAACGGAAAACGGUUUUAUGGAAUUCUUAAAAAUUUAUCUUGUUCUUCAAGAAAUUCAGGAUGCUAUCCAAAAUUGUUCUGAAGCAUGCUUAGACCAAGAAAAAUCAGUGUGGUAUAAAUGGUGGGUCUCGGCCCCCUGGGGCUAGAGGGGCGAGGCCCAAUAGGGCCUGGAGCAUGUUUAGGUAAAGGAAAAUAAGUUUUGUAUAAAUUGUAAUUCUCUGUCACCUGGGGUCAAAGUGUUGGGGCCCGGUAGAGAAAUUCUAACCACCAAGUAGAUUUACUUUAUUUUCAUGUCAUCAUCAACAGUUCAUUUGGACAUUUGGUUAUUUGAAACAGUUGUGAUCCCCACUGAAUAACAGUAGCAUUGCUGAGCAUCAGGAGACAAACUCAAUCAUAACUGAUAAUUUGUCCUGGGGUCUGGUCCCACCCCAGAACUGAUUUUGUCUUUGAAAUUGAAAUUACCAUCCCAUAACUUGAUAGCACUGCUGGACAUCAAGAGAUUAACAACUGAUCUCUGUCCCCACCCCUAGGGAAUUUGAAGCUGUAUCUGUGGGGUGAGGCUCAUCAGGGGAAAUAUUUUCCUUACAAAGAAAUAUAAAGUUUUGCAUUAUUGACUUAAAUAUCAAGAUGAGCCAUAAAGGCCUUUUGGGCCUGUUGUUUUCAUAUACAUUAAAAAUCAAAAGUAUUCAACAUGUAUUUUUGAGAAAUCAGUGUUAAUGAUACGUUUCAUAAAUCAAAUCAAUACCUUUAUAUUUAAUUACUUCCCUCCCUGUUUUGAAGGAUGAGAACAUUGUGAUAAAAUCAAUACGAAAAUGAUCAUCAAAGUCACUGUAUACUGCUUAACUUCAUAUUGGAAUGUUGUGUGGGUCCUUGAUAGAGCUGUGAUGCUGUAUUUAUUUGAUGUUUUUUUACUUAAUGAUGAGCGUGGUAUUUAUAUAGCGAGAUUAUGUCACAUGGUAUUUAUUAGAAUACUUUUCUGUCAUUGAUGUCAGUGAAGUUUUAUUUUAUAUGGUAUGAUGUUCAGGUGAGUACCUGCAUUGAAUGGAUUUUCGUUUUGUUUGGACCUGUAGAGAGAUGCUUCUUGCUUUAAACUAUUGCUUUUACACUUCUAGUGUGAUUUCUACGUACAGGUUUGUGUAUGGUGAUUACUGAAAAAAACCUAUAAUUUCAUUUUUGUGAUGAAGGAAUCUAGGUUGUUGACGCAGCAUUAUAAGAAAGAUUUGUAAUCAGCAUUAUGUUUUUUUUUCUGUUUAAAGAUGUUAAUGAAAGAUGUUGUCAUGAUAAAAUCAAAUGAGUACAUGUAUAUUUUUAUGAAUUAUCGAUACAUUUUACGAAACAUUAAAUUUUAAGGUAAUAUUUUAAUUCUGUGUUAUUUGAAAGCAAGAUAAUGGAUAACAUGGAGGAGUAAGGCUUUAAAAUAUUUUGGUAGACAUGAAGUGGUAUACUUUUGUUGAACAUAUAUAUGAUUAUAUAACCAUACCGAAGACCAGUACACACUACACCAUAGAUCAAUUAAUUCUAACGCUUUCAUGUGUUCCCUUUUUAAUACUGCUUUUUCAGUGUUGUAAAUAUAUAUAUUGUUAAGCCUUAAAAUAUUAUUCUAUUCUAUCUGCUGUUUUGAUGUACGUAUUUAUAGUAACAUCAGCUGAUCUAACAGCUGUUUUGUGUAUUCUGACUUCGAGCAUUGCAUGUUAGUGCUGGACAGAUUAUGAGACGGGAUGUCUCUGUAUUUGGUACCAAACACGUACCAAAUGGCAGUCGGAAAAACACAUUCCUUUUUUUCUUUUACUGUUAACUGGAACUUUUUCGAAAAUGUCUUAAUAUGACCGACCUGAAAAAGUAUCAUGUUUUCAGCUGAUCCAUGAAUAAUUGAUAUUGUACCAUGUCCUCCCUAUCGACAACAAAAUUCGACUUAACAUUAAGUUAACUGUGACUCGGACAAAAUGUGAAAAAAAAACCUAGCUUUUUUUAUUUUUUUUUAAUUAGAGGCAGUAGCAAUAGUCAAAACUUUUAAUUGUAAAUCACUGACAGGUGUCACCAUAUUGGCACUCCUGACAGUUCUUUCAACCAAAUAUCAAUUCAACCAAAACUGAUGUCAUGAGUAACGACUAGUUUCAACCAGUCUCUUGUUCUUCAGUUAUUAUUUCGCUUUUAUGUUUGUGUUUAUUCGUUUAUCCAUUAUCUCUCGGUUUAGCAGCAUUGUCCUUGUGUUGAAUGGCGUUGUUUUUACCACAUUCAGUUUCCGUGAUAGUGUAUGUAUCGACGAAAUAUUUUACGUGAAACAGUUUCACCAUCGUUUGUUUCCAAGUUGUGUUUCUGAAUGCAAUGACAGGUACUGAAUUAUUGAAGAGAUUUUUAUUUGUAUGCUUUUAUCGGUUUGUACUUAAGCAUAUAUUACACCAGUAAGCAAGCAGUAUGUUGUAUCGUGCUGCUUGCACAAAGGGUAGUAUCAUUAUUACAUACUCGGAAAGAUCAAAUUUAAUCUCUGAAACGUUCUCCAUUUAUUAAUUCAGACUCUGUAUAGUAUCCUGCCGCCAAAGAAAUUCCAAUCAUUUUCAACAAUGCGUAUUUGCUUUACUUAUCCAUGGUAGAUACAAUCAAAGAAUUUUCGUAAACACAUUCUAAUGUUUAUAUGCUGACUGGUGGUGCAUGUUUUACGUGUCUUUGAAAACAGUUCUGUGAACGUUUUUUUUUUUUUUUUUUUGUAUCUAAUUUAAUUUUUUUGUUUUGUUAAUUUUUUUGAUUUGGAGAACUGACUAGAUUAAUACAAACUUGUUCGUAGACAGAAACAAUUGGGUGAAUAUUGUAAAAAAUGUUAAUUUCCUUGAAAAAUUUAAGGUUCCCUGUGUGACACCUAGUGGAUAAAGCGAGAAGACUGGUUUGAUCAUUCGGUGUAAAACAAACGAAUAUCGAAGUCACAUAACGGCGUGCUUUUCUGGCUUCAAAGUUUGGUGUCGUAAUUUUUAAAUUAGCGUAUAUGAGUAUUUGAUUGGUCAAGUUUUUUUUUCUUGUCCCGAAACCCGAUCUAGGCCAAAUGACCUCGUUUCAGUUCGGCCUGGAAAUACUCCAGGAGCACAGAGAGUGAAAGUGAUCGUAACUCCUGGAGUAUCGAGGAUAAUUACUCUAGAGAAUGGAACUAACGUACUGAUGGUGGAAUCAUCAUACACUUAUUCUAUAUUUUCACUCGUUUAUAUCAACCAUUCAAUUUAACGCAGAUUUGUUGUACACAAGAAAUUCUAUAUAAUGUUUAUAGCCGGUAGGAAUCGAUUGCAGCAUAUAUACAUGUAAUUAUAGAAAAAAGAAAUCCGUUAUUGUUCCUUAAUGUAAAAAACAAAGUUAGUCUUUAUAUGUUUAUGCAAAGAAAUCCUGCAUUAAGCUACGUUAUCUGAUGAUUAGUUGGUUUGUUUUAAAAUUCUCAUAACGUUACUGAAGUGUUUUUCUUGUGUAGAUUCGAACUACCACGCACACUUAACACAAUUUUUUUGUGCGACGAAAACAUCACUUAUGUUACUGUGGGGAUUACUUCCGCGGUUUACUUCUCUAUGAAACUGCAUUAAAUUAAAAUUGAAUGAAAAUGUGAAGGAAUUGUAUAAAUGGGUUAAUCUUGCUAACAGUUUUUUUCAUUUGUAUGAAUUGUUUUAUUUUGUUUGUGUAUUGUGUGGUUCAUGACAUUUUAAAAUAAUGAACGUAUGACAUUUUUUUUACCUUUUAGGUAUAUAUUUUAUUGUUAUCGCACGAAUUCCAUUGUCAAAUUAAUUUUAAUAUCAUCACGUGAUGAAUCUCAUAUGUUUCUGUAAUUUUACAAUAUUUGACAAUUAUACAAUAAAAUAUGACCAGCGUGA